AUGCUUGUUUGUUUGUGUGUCUUGUUUAGUGUUGAUCAUGAUGAAGCUGGAGGGCACAGAUCAAGUGGACAAUGGCCAACAACAGAGGAGAUUCUUGGUUCACAUGAUGAGCAGCCAGCAACGACGUUCCUCCGAAAGUGGGAUAUAGUAUUUACGAUAUCAUGUGUAUUUGCUGUCUUCCUUGAUCCUGUAUUCCCUUACAUUCCUGUCGUAGAUGAGGACCAUACGUGCUACUAUUCGGACCUAUACUUGUUGUGGUCAUUUGUGGGCUUACGAUUCGCCCUAGAUAUCUUUUAUGCAAUGGACAUUGCCAUAUUUUGUCGUCGGCGAAUUUGUAGCAAGCCUAUUACUAAGAAAUCAUUUGAUGCAAGAACCAUCCUUAAGCUGUUACCUCGUGUUUUUCGUGCUCUUCCCAUUCCACAGGUAAUAAUUGCUGGCCAAUCUCAUUCAAUCUCAAAAAUAUAUUUGUUUCUAAUAUUCUUCACUCCGGCCCAAUAUAUACUACGGAUUCAUCACACAUACAAGCUUCUCAAGCGGUGUACUAACAUAGAAACUAAAAUAGGAAGAUGGCUUAAUGCUAUAUUGAAUUUUCUUCCCUUCAUCCUUGCUGCUCACCUAUACGGAGCCUUGUGGUACUUUCUUUCUAUUCAACGAGAGCUAGAUUGUUGGCUGCACGCCUGUCACGAUAAAAGGGUGGGAUGUGAUUUGGGUCAAACGGCUUAUCCUUUCUACUGUGGUGCCGACUUUAACUCCUCCAAAUUGCGUCUCAAUAUCACACGUAUAAAGGCAUCAUGCCCUAUAAAUCCACCUGAUACAACUAUCUUCGAUUUUGGUAUAUUUCUCUACGCUCUUCAGUCUAAGUUGACCAGGUCACCGUCUAAUAAACGACACUUCCUUCAAAGUUUCUGGUGGGGAUUGCGCAAUCUGAGUUCUUUUGGUUCAAACCUCGAGACUAGCCUUUAUGGGGUGGAAAUAUUUUUUACGAUUUUGGUAUCUAUAAGUGGCAUGGUGCUAUUUUUAAUAUAUCUCAAUACAAGGAUACAGAUGUCACAACAAAUGUCAAAUCAGCUUAAAUUGAGACAGAAGAUGCAGAUGAUGAAUCUAGAUAUAGAUUUAUGGUUGUAUAAAAACGGCCUUUAUGAUAAGAAUUUGAAGAUGGUCAUCAUGAAAAACUUACACCAAAAAGUCAAAGAAAACAAAGAAGUUGAUGUGGAGAAUAUUCUCUCUCUUGUUCCUAUUGUACACCAAAGACGUAUUAUGCGGCUUCUCAGCUUGAAUUCACUAAAAAAAGUCCCAAUGCUGGAAAAUAUGAAUGAAAACGUGUUGAAAGCAAUCUGUGAGCAUCUUCAGUUGGUGAAGUAUAGCGAAGACAAGUAUAUUUUUCGAGAGGGAGAACCACUUGAUAAGAUGCUCUUCAUCACCCAAGGUACGGCAUGGUCAUACCCAACCAAUGCAAGUGGUUCCUCAGCGUCAGCGAUCAAGUGUCUUGUGAAAGGUGACUUCUACGGAGAAGAGCUUCUAAAUUGGGCAUCAAAAUUGAGCUCUUUUUCUGAAUUUCCCAACUCAACCAGAAUUGUCAAGGCCCAUACGAAAGUUGAAGCAUUUGCCAUCAGAGCCAACAACUUGAACAUUGUUGUCUCCACAUUUUGGUGGCAUUUUAGCAAGAGGCUCGGUCAUAUAGAGGAGUCCCAGUUGGAGAGGUGGCAACAUCUGGCAGCUUGUAGUAUACAAGCAAAAUGGCGCCGUCGUCAUGCAAGGCCUGUCUAG